AUGACUUACAACAGCAUCCCCAACCCAUCUCUUCAGGUCACCAAGGACCACACGCUCGAAAUCAAGGAAGCUCCUGUCGAGCGGCCUGGCGCAGGCGAGGCCCUUGUCCACAUCAAGGCCACCGGUAUUUGUGGUUCUGACGUCCACUUUUGGAAGCACGGACAAAUUGGCGAGCUCAAGGUUCUUGGAAACUGUGUUUUGGGCCACGAAGCCGCCGGCGAGGUCGUUGAGGUGGGGGAAGGCGUGACAAACGUGAAAGUCGGCGAUAGAGUGGCCAUCGAGCCGCAGAUGCCGUGCGGCACAUGCUUUUUGUGUAUCCAAGGAGACUACAAUCUGUGUGAGAAGGUGGACUUUUUGUCCGUCUAUCCAUGCCACGGAACCAUGCAGCGGUUCAGAAAGACCAAGGCUGCCACGCUUUUCAAGAUUCCCGACAGGAUGACGUUUGAGGAAGGCGCUCUGUGCGAGCCGCUCAGCGUGGCGUACCAUGGGAUCGAGCGCGCAGAGCUCGAGCUAGGCCGCGGAGCCAUGAUCUGCGGAGCUGGCCCCAUUGGACUUGCCACGCUGGUUCUGGCAAACGCGAGCGGAGCAGCUCCGCUCGCAAUCUCCGAUCUCUCGGCAGAACGUCUUGCUUUUGCAAAGAAACUCGUUCCAAGAGUCAAAACGUACCAGAUUGAUCCAAAACUGAGCCCGCAGCAGAACGCACUUGGUGUUCGGAAACUUUUCGGGCCAACAGAGGAGGACGCGCCGCCAAGAGUGCUCGAGUGCACGGGUGUCGAGGGCAGUAUUGUUACUGGGGCCUACAUUGUCAGACGCGGCGGCACGCUGAUGGUGAUAGGCGUCGGCAGAGACAUCAUCAACAACUUUCCGUUCAUGCAUCUGUCUUUGGGGGAGGUGGACGUGAAGUUUAUUAACAGAUACCACCAAUCGUGGCCUGCAGUGAUCAGACUGAUCAGCGACGGCAUAAUCGACGUGCAGCAGUUUGUGACGCACAGGUUCCCGCUUGAGAAGGCUGAUGAGGCAAUCAAGCUUUCGAGCGACCCGAGAAACGGCAGCAUCAAGGUCAUCAUCGAGGACCAACUCCGGGUGCUGUAGCGCCAAAGUGUCUAAACUCGGGAAUAUUAGCCGACCUGCUCUAAAAUGAGCCACGUGAAAAUUCGUGGCUGGAAUAUAUCUGUUUCUAUAUAAUAGACUGAUGCGCUCUAGUGUCAGGGGAAAACCGUGCUUGUCACUUGCGAUUGCCGACGAGGCAGAAGGCGAUGUUAGACUAGUAUUUACCGCGAGACGAAUCGAUGGACAUUUCUGAUUCCCAGCCCCGGUGUCGCUCUGGAAGGGAUCUCGUGGGAACUCUUGAUCCGGCCGCUGUACAGACGAUGCUGGACACUCACGUGCUGGGUCUGAUCAAACUAACGCAGGAUGUUCUUCCCGACAUGUGCAAACGCAACGUUGGCUCGCCCGCCGAGCACCGUAUCCUGGGGGUGCAAUAUAUUGUGCUCCCCAGGCUGCAAUUAAGUGCUUCCCGCGGAAUUUGGGGAAAGAGCUGCUGGACACGACUAUAAGAGUUGUGGAGGUGCUUCCGGCGCAGUGCACACAGAGGAGUGCGAUCAGAGCUGGAAGAUAAGUUUAUGGGCAACAACUCGUUCGAGGCGGUCGAGCCUGUAGACUUAACUGUCCACGCGUUCGCAACACGUGAGACCAACGUCACUCCAGAGGCCGUCAUUGUGCCCACAUACCGAUCGCACUGAGCAUGUCAAAUAUUAUAUAGAUCCUAUAAAAAAAUGCUUAUCUCAG